AUGGGGGGCUGUUAGUGGGUGCUCAGCACCCAUCAUUUUUCCCCAUAGAUGUUCCAGUCCCAGAAUAUCCACGGAAUCAGCGCCUAUGUUUUAAGUGUAUGCCAAGCCUAAGGGGCGGUUCCCUGGAACUAGCUGAAAAUACAGUGUCUGAGGGAUUGACUGGCAGCUUUCUGUGUGCUGAAAGCCAAGAGAAGCAGUCAUGAGUUUGAUCCUGGAAACGGAUGGAGGAAAUGGAGACAGAGCUUGCUUCAGGCAUAGGGUUCCCUAGAAAAGCAGGUGUGGAUUUCUGAGUAAGGAAACUGCCUGCUGCUGUUUGUUUGUACUGUCUUCAGGGCACAGGAAUGUGUGGGACAUUGUUUGUAAAUAAUAAUGACUGCACCAAAGAAAUAUGACAUUCUUAUAAUCAAUUUCUCCUCCAAAGGGAAGAAUGGAGCGAGGCCCCAAACACUGGCUAACUGCUCAGGUCAGUGGAGCAAUGGUACGACCCGGGUCAGAAUCUAGACGUAUGGCAGCAAAUGCGUUGGUGGGAAACGUUUGUGGGGAGCUCCAGCAGCAAACAGCCUGUGUAGGGGAGUAUAUUGCUGCUCAUUGUGGACUUCAGCAUAUCUAGCUUUGUGUCCUGAGCAGUCCUUAUUGUUCCUUCUCUCAGAGCUGACACUUCUCUCCCCAGAGUCAGACAAACCAAAACAUGGAUCCAUGGCUUGUGUUUCCCCUGAGGAGAACCAGUACACAUAGCGAUUAUGAGCUCAGUAUUGACCCAAGGAGAAAAAAAUUAUGGGAAGACACUGGAACAGCUUGAAUGGGGUGGGGGUGGGUAGGAUUGUUACUUUUCCUUCUGUCUAUGGAGUUUUACAAAGUUUAUAACUAAAAUCUUUCUAGCUCUUAGCUGGUGUUUCGAAUGGACUGGGCUGUAACCUUUAGACUGCGAUGUCAUAAAUCUGAAAAGAUUUAUCAUAAAAUCACCCUUCAGCUCAAGGGUUGCUGCUGAUUAAUGAAUUGUUGCUGUUUUCAUGCCUUAUCACUAGUGCACACAAACUGACCUUAACCAAUGGGGCCCUGUAUCCAGGCUGGUCCCAGGCAGGUGGCUAGAUGUUCAGCAAGACACAGCCAAGCAAAGGCUCCUCUGCCCUCACAUUGUCACUGUCAUGACUGUAGGGGGAAGGGUAGCAACCUUUAUGUAUCCUUGGAAACUGUACUGAUUGCCUUACCUGAUAAGCAGUUCAAAUAACCUAGUUGGCACCUGACCAGAAGGCCCAAUGAGAAAAUAAGAUAUUUUCAAAUCUGGUGGGGAAGGAUUUUGUUGUUGUCCUGUGGGUUGUUCCCUCUCCGGACAGAGGGAGAAGCCAAGCAGGUACAACAUCUCCUGAAAAUAUACCUGGAAUAAUCCAUCUAAAACCACAGAAACUGUGAGUAGGGCAAGGAAAUCCAUUAGGUUAUCUUUUGUUUUGGCUUGUGAAUUUUCCUAUGCUACAGGGGUAGUUUCAUUCCUGUUUCUGUAACCGUGAAGCUGAGCCCAGAGGGGAAUCCUCUGUGUUUUAAAUCUUUUUAUUACCCUGUAAAGUUAGCUUCCAUCCUGGUUUUGCAGAUGUGAUUCUUUUACUUCUUUCUUUAUAAAUAAAGCUCUUUUUUUAAGAACCGGAUUGAUUUCAGUGUUCUGAAGAGAAAGGGUCUGGUCUGUGCUUACAUUGCUAAGGCAACUGGUUGAUGGUUUAUUCUCAAGCCUCCCCAAGAAAUGGGGUGAAGGGGCUUGGGGGAAUAUUUUAGGGGGAUAAGGAUUCCCAGUGACUCUUCCCUGAAUAUUUUGUGUAAAUCACUUGGUGGUGGCAGCAAUAUCAGACUAAGGAAUUAGUGCUUUAGAGAAGGUUUAACCUAAGCUGGUAAAAUAUAAGCUUAGGGGGUCUUUCAUUCGGGUUCCCACGUCUGUGCCCCAGAGUUCAGAGUGUGGGGGGGAACCCUGACAGUCACUGAAAUAACUCAAUGGUGUUUAGUUCCCACUUGCUGUUGUUUCAAUGCAAGGCUGUGUUUGGCUGUGGAUGCCCUCGUUGUGAAUUAAGAAUUCCUAGUUCGAUAGAGAACAAGCACCAGGAAGUGUGAUACACAGUUUGUGUACAUGUACAUGUUUUGAUUCUGCUGGAGCGAGCACACUACCAAUAGCAAUGUGGCUGCAGCAGCAAGAUGGCGGCUUGUGCUAGCCGCUGGAAUACAAUCCAGCCCGACCUCCUGGACUUGUAUUGUGUAGACAGACCCUGAGUUUAAGCUUUUGUGUUCUUGUCUGGUUGUGUCCUUUCCCCCUUUUCCUUUCACUCCCUUUCUGCUUCUUUACACCCCACUGCUCUCAUUCCUUGCUUAUGGAGUUCCUGCUUCCUUCUUUCCUUAUCUUUCUCCUGCUCCUCCUUCUGGCCUCUCCUUUUUCUUCACUUCAUUUUGCACCUGAUAUGAAGUGGAAGAAGCACCUCCCAUUAUCAGCAAAACCAUUUCUGAUGCAGAGAGAACAGAAGACCAGAGAUCCCAGCAGCCAUGGCCUCAGUGACUCCUGUACAGGAAAUCCAAGAGGAAACCAAAUGUCCCAUCUGCCUGGAAUAUCUGACAGACCCAGUGUCCAUACACUGUGGGCACAUUUUUUGCCGAGUCUGCAUUACUCAGUACUGUGGUACAUGGACAAAGGGGGACUAUGACCCUGUGCGCUGCCCCAACUGCAGAGCCCGAAUCCGGAAAGUGAGUCUCCGGAAUAACUAUCAGCUAGCAAAUAUAGUGGAAAAAAUCAAACAACUAGAUUUAAAACCAGGAAAAGAGAAUUUGUGUGAGAGUCACGACAAAUCCCUGGAUCUGUUCUGUGAAGAGGACUUGGAAGCCGUGUGUGUGGUUUGUGAGAGAUCCCCCAAGCACAGAUCUCACACGGUGCUUCUCAUGGAGGAGGCUGCCCCGAAAUAUAAGGAAAAAUGUGAGGUGCAUUUGAAGACUCUGAGGAAAGAAAGAGAAAAGCUGCUUGGAUUUAAAGUGACUGGAGAGGAGAAAAGCCAGGAGUAUCUGAAACAGAUAGAAAAGGAGAGGCAGAAGAUCAUUUCUGAAUUUCAGCAACUGCUGCAGUUCCUGGAGGAACAAGAGCGACUCCUGCUGGCCCAACUGGAAAAGCUAGACAAGGAGAUUGUGAAGAUACAGAAUGAAAAUAUCACCAAACUCUCUGAGGAGAUUUCCCUUCUCAGUGAGCUGAUCAGUGAGAUGGAGAGGAAGUGUCAGAAACCAGCAACUGAAUUCCUGCAGGAUGUCAGAAACACCUUGAGCAGGUGUGAGAAGGGGAAGUUCCAGCAGCCAUUGGAGAUUUCUCCUGAACUGGAAAAGAGACUCAGUGACUUCUUCCAGAAAACUAUUGCUCUAAUGAAGACUCUGAGGGAAUUCAAAGCCACUCUGCCAUCUAUACUGGAGACAAAAAGAGGAGAAUCCCUGGGAUCACUCAGACUGGUGAAUGUGACUCUGGAUCCAGACACGGCUCAUCCCCAACUCGUCCUGUCUGAGGAUCGGAAAAGUGUGAGAUGGGAAGACACAGCACAGGAUCUGCCCAACAAUCCUGAGAGAUUUGACACUGAUCUCUGUGUGCUGGGCUCUGAGGGUUUCACCUCAGGGAAACAUUACUGGGAGGUUUCAGUGGGGGAUGGGCUCUACUGGGCUGUGGGGGUGGUCAAAGAGUCUGUGAGCAGGAAAGGGCGGAUCAGCCGUAACCCUGAGAGAGGGAUCUGGGCUGUGGAGUACUGCUGGGGUCACUGCCAGGCUCUCACCUCCCCUGAGACCCCUCUGCCUCUCAGCCAGGUCCCCAGCAGGCUUGGAGUAUAUCUAGACUGCGGACGGAGGCAGGUGACAUUUUUCAAUGCUGGUGACGGGGCCCCGAUCUUUGCUUUCCCACCGGCCUCUGUCACUGAGGAGAGAAUCCGCCCCUGGCUCUGGGUGGGGUGGCCGGGAUCUCAGCUCAGACUUUGGCCCUGAGACACAUGGCGAAGAGGAACAUCCUACUGGGGACCCUGAAACCAGCCUCUCUAGCUUCAUACAGUGUAGUCUCUACUGUCUUGAGGCAGGGGUCUCUGAUCUGUCAAACCACAGAGAACAAGGAGUGAUGGAGGCAGAGGAGCCAACUUCAUUGCCCCAAGGAUUUUGCAGCCUGUUUGUCAUUGUUCUCCUGUGAUCCAGGACGACUCUGUGGAUCUGGGCUCAGACGGUGUCAUUGAAAAUGGGGAUGGGGGGGUGGAGGGAUAAGAAUGAAAAAAAAAUGGGCUUCUCUAGCUACUGUCAUCCAAGUCUCUGUGACCCUGGAGGACUUCCAGCUACCCAAUCCCAGGCUCUUCAUCUCUAUGACCAUGGAAGCUCCUCCUCCCUCCCUUCAUGUAGCACCAAGGAUGGGAGGUGGCUGGGCUGGGGACAGGCAGAUGUGGGGGUGGUAGGGACCCAGCAUUAAUUAAUCAGGGUUUGGGGAGUUGGGAAGAAGCUGGAUGCUCCGCAGCAGCAGGGAGGGUUUUGUACAGAUCAGUGAUGUUUUAUAAAUCUUUGCCCAUUUUGUGUUCUCUUUUCUUUCAUAUUGUUCAUUUUUUAUUCACCAUUUUUCUAGCACUCAUUUCCCAAACCUGUUGAUUUCUGUGUGUCUCUUCCACUCUCCUCUGAUCCCUGUCACAGAUCAUUCCCCAUCUUGUUCUCCAUUCUUUCCCCUGAAUUUAUCCCUUCCCCUCUCAUGGCCUCUGGCUUUUUCCCCUUUCACCCUUUCUCCAGGACAUGCUGUUCAUUUUGUUUUACUUUACCUUUUCCUUUUGUUUCUUCUGUUAUUUCUGGUUCAGUCUCCCCUCCUACCCCCGGCUAGGUGAGUCUGUAACUCAUUAAUUUCAUAUGUUACUUCCUUGAUUUUGUUGCCAUUUUAGUACUAUUAAAAAAAAAGUUUCCAAAAUCUGAGGGUCUCUUUUUCAUUGUUGUGGGUAU